AUCUUCAUCACUCACGUGUAGUCAGCCAUUUCACUAAUUUCAGUUCUCUCUUCAUUAAAAAAUGGUCUUUUAAGAGGAUGAGCAGGAUAAAAGAAGUCCUAGGACAUAGUUUAAAGGAGCAGGAACAGAAUAGAGUGGAUCAAAAUGAAGAAGGAGAAGGGAGAAAUGGUUCUAACUUUAAUGUCGACUCCCAUUUGUCAAUACAUUGUAAAAGAUACUUUGACAAUAGGGUGGAGUUCUCUCCAGCUCGUCACCCUGACACGCAUCUAGAGUCACUUAAAGACAAAUACCAACCGAUUAACACCUUGGACAACAAAAUGGACUCAACUUCUGACACCCCUUCUACUCCUCUAGCGGUUCAAUCCGAAAUACCAAAGCCGAAGAAGGUUCUUUUUGAUCCAGAUUGUCUGUUGAUGAAUUGGACAGAGUCACGGCCCAUUGGCUCUGGUCUAAGUAACAUGGGGAACACUUGUUUCCUUAAUUCCGUCCUUCAGUGUCUCUCUUAUACGCCCCCGCUUGUUAAUUACAUACUUUCUGGACAUCAUAAAAAUAAAUGCACUCAUCAAGGUUUCUGUGCCAUGUGUGAGUAUCAUUCUCAUCUCGUGAGGGUCAGAAAGUCAACGGGUGUGGUCAAGCCAAUCCCUAUUGUUCACAACUUGAGAGUUUUUGCUAAGCACUUUCGUAAUGGUCAUCAAGAAGAUGCCCACGAGUUCCUCAGGUACUUCAUAGACUCCCUUCAAAGGAUAUCCCUCAUCGGACACCAGCCAUCAAAACUUGACGUCUUCUCUAAACACACCACAGUCAUUCAUCAGAUCUUUGGAGGAUAUCACAGGAGCCAAGUUAAAUGUCUCAAGUGCAAGCGUUUUUCUAAUACGUAUGAUCCUCUCCUGGAUAUUAGUCUUGAUAUAAAAGGCUGUCCCUCGCUCCAAAAAGCUCUGUUCUCUUCGAUCAAGCCCGACCUAUUAGACGAAGAGAAUAAAUACGCCUGCCCAUUUUGUAAGGAGCUCACAAGAGCAAAGAAACAAUUAACUGUUCACGUUUUGCCAAAAGUGUUGACCAUCCAGUUAAAGAGGUUUGAAUUUAACACAAUGUUUGGUGGUAAGAUCAACAAGACAGUACAAUAUCCAGAGCAUUUGGACAUGCGACCUUUUAUGAGUGACAAAGAGGGCCCACACGAAUGGUACAGACUAUAUGCAGUUUUGGUCCAUUAUGGCUACUCCUGUCACUCUGGUCAUUAUUAUUGCUAUGUUAGGAAUUCCAAUGGUGUAUGGUACUCAAUGAAUGACUCUAUGGUUAAUCAAGUCAGUAAAGCAACAGUUCUAUCCCAGCAGGCCUAUCUGCUCUUUUACAUCAAGGACUCAGAAUAUGCUGGCAAAACUCCGUCUUCUACUCCUACUCUCUUGCCUUUCUCACCGUCACAGAAGAAUCAGCCCAUAUCUUCGAAAGUAAGUGCUACUGGUGUUGGUGUACCAGUUAAACGACCUGAUAAUGAAGGGGUCAUCCCUUCUCCACUAACUCCUUCAAAACCAACUGGUGUUGUAACUCCAUCUCCAAAAUACACCUCAGUCCCUCCUCCUCCUUCUCUCACUAGUGACGCUAGUAUCUUCAAUACUGGUGGUAGUAAGAAAGUCGAAUUGCCUGCUUUGUCAAACAAGCCUUCUCCCACUCCUCCAGUCAUGCCCUCUCCCUCUGAUAAUCCUCCUUUACAACCCUCUAUUCAGACCACGCCUAUUCCAUUUUCAACUCCACCCAGAAGUACGACUAGCAUCAAAUUUACUCCUAGAUCAGUUUCAACGUCAAAAUCAAAGUCAGUCUUGUCAGCUGACGAAACAGGUAAAUCAGUAAAGCCCCAUGCAUUGGUACAGCCAAUGAGAUCAGUAACUGCUAAGAGACCAGUAGCACGUGUACUACCGAGUCCUCAACAGGUCACGAAGAGUGAUAGUACUUUAAGUGACCAGCUUGAGUCUCCUGCCUCAAGCACUGUCUGUGAUAAGAAGCUAAAGGAGAAUGAGGAGUCUACUCAUAUUAAUGGUGAUAAUGUUGAUAGUAGCACACAGCCAAGCCCUGCUCCUACUGUUAAUAGAGAUGUAGAACAUGAUAAGAAAAAUGAAAAAGAUGUAAAGAGUAGCAAAGAUGACGAUUUAGCAAAGACGGAGUGUGAGUCGCCGAAACAGGAUUGGGUAGUGUCGAACUCUCCAUCCACUUCAUCUCUCCCCACCAUGUUUGGUCCAUCCUUACCGCCUGAUUAUGUUCAAAGUUCUUCUCCUAAUAAUUGGACAGUGAGUGAUAUGAAGGAACGUCUUGUCUCUCGGAAAAAGAAACACUCUCACAAGAAGACUGCAUCAGUCUCGAAGGCCAGCCCUGAUGAGAGUAGUAUUGAGAGCAGUGAUACAAGCGGAGGAAGAAAGAGAGGCAAAGAUGAAAGACACAAAGAAGAGAGAAGGAUUAAGAGAAAAAGAGACAGACUUAAGGAAAAAGAAAAGAACAGGUCAAAGGAGAAAGAUCAUAUUAAAGAGAAAAAAGAGAGAGAUAGAUCCAAGUCUUCCAAGAGAGACAGUGUUAAGGAAAGAGAAGAACCCAAGAAAAGAGAGGAUAGUGACAAUGAGAGAGAUAGCUCCAAGCAUCACAAACUAUCGAAAAAGAGAAGACACAGGGAUAGGAGCUCCUCUGAUGAAAGUGAUGAAGAAGAAAUAGAGAAAAAGAGAAGGAAACAGACUGAGCAUUCACACAAGAAACGUAAGAAGCACCACAGUAAGAGACACCAUUCCCGCCACAGUGACAGUAGUGAUGAUGAGAGCCACGAUGGGAGACGUAAGAAGCGACAGAAGUCACCCUCACCUUUCACUCCUCCUCACUCAAAACAAUGGAAGAAGAGUGAUGAUAGAAGCAGAGGAAGAGAUAAGGACGAACUAUUCAGAGAGAAGGCAAGAAGAGGAAUGGAAGAAUUCAGGAGAAUGAAAGAGAGUGACAAACUUUUUGAUGACUGUUUAAAAAAUAAAGGAUCUACUAGUGUAACUGAGAUCAAAUGGGAUUCAAAGAGAUCAAGUCGUCGUCAUGAUUCCACGAGCUCUGGUGAACCUAAUGUUCUUGAUUCACUUGAUAAAUCUGAUCAGCUAGGAGAUGGAGUCAAGACAUGGAGUGGAGAGAAGAACAGCAUAGACUCCAUUAAAACCUCAGAGAUUCCUUCAAGAAGGAAAGGUGGUAGAGAUGAUUGGGACAGAGAGAUUGACAGAGGAAAGGUAAAGAAAUCCAAGGGACGACAUAAUGAGAGCUGGGACUCUAGGAACAAGUUUCAAAGUUAUCAAAAUAAGAAAAACUUCCAGAAUAAUAAAAAAUUUUAAAUUUUUCACAGUGAUGAUUUAAAUCAUGUUAUGGUACAAAAUGAUUGUUAUUAUUUUAAA